UCACACCCACACACCAACAAUUCAUCACACAGACACACUCGGGGAAGACGAGAAACAGAAUUUUGUUUAGCACACUCAAAAUGACGCAAGUUGUGUGCGGUGUGCUGAGACGGGCUGGCGGCGGGUCCAGCGAUAUCAUCUAGCGCUAGCACAGUCAGUAACCAAAUUAAUGGCGGCUCGUGCGGAAUAAGCGCAUCCGAAAAGCCAGCAAUAGAUAAAGAGAAUGGGCCCAACCCCCCAACUUUCCGUUCCACACACAUGCACUGCUACGUUUCCACUCUACAUCUAACACUCUCUUCAUCCUAAUAGCUACCAUUACAUACUCCCGUUCUCUUCGUCUGUGCUCUACGUCCAUUGCUCAGUAAAAUCCCACUUAAGUUUGGAAUGUUGUAAUCAAGUUUGAAUUUCAACUGGACUAAAGAAAAAGCUGGUUUAAUGCAUUCGUUGCAAUUCUUGGAUUGAGGAUUUGUAGUGUUUCUGUGACAGAGCAUAGUUAUUGGGAAACCUAAUGCACCACUCUUUGGCAAUUUGGAGAUCUGGGUUGGUCUUGUUCUGGCGUUCAAGUGAUGGGUUGUGUUUAUUCCAAGACAUGUAUUGGUGAGUUAUGUGCUCCCCGAAAUGUUAAAGUGAACGAAAGUGGAGAUGCCAAAACAGCUACAAGUGAGAUUGCAGUCUUCUCACCUGCCAAGUCUGACAGCGAGGAAGGGGAAAAUGGAGAUCAAUUGUAUCAAUUGAGUUCUAUUACUGAUCCUGAAGUGGGUAUUAAUAGAUUGUCUAGGGUGUCAGCUCAGUUUUUACCUCCUGAUGGCUCGAAGGUUGUGAAAGUUCCAUCAGAGAGUUAUGAAUUACGGUACUCUUUUCUAUCUCAGAGAGGUUACUACCCUGAUGCCCUUGAUAAGGCCAACCAAGAUAGUUUCUGCAUUCACACUCCAUUUGGAACAAGUCUGGACGAUCAUUUCUUUGGGGUUUUUGAUGGCCAUGGUGAAUUUGGAGCUCAAUGCUCGCAGUUUGUGAAACAGAAGUUAUGUGAGAAUUUGUUGCGACAUAAUCGGUUUCACAUAGAUGCAGUUGAAGCAUGUCAUGUUGCUUUCUUGACAACAAAUGCGCAAUUGCAUGCUGAUGAGCUAGAUGAUAGCAUGAGCGGAACAACUGCAAUUACAGUGCUGGUUCGGGGUAGGACACUUUAUGUUGCCAAUUCAGGAGAUUCUAGGGCUGUUUUAGCUGAGAAAAGAGGGCAGGAUAUUGUAGCUGUUGACCUGUCAAUUGAUCAAACACCUUUUCGGCCUGAUGAACUUGAACGGGUGAAGCUCUGUGGAGCAAGAGUUCUCACAUUGGAUCAAAUUGAAGGGCUAAAGAAUCCAGAUGUGCAAUGCUGGGGCACUGAAGAAAGCGAUGAUGGUGAUCCGCCGAGACUGUGGGUGCAAAAUGGUAUGUAUCCUGGUACAGCUUUCACAAGAAGCAUUGGCGAUUCUAUUGCUGAGUCUAUAGGGGUUGUUGCAAACCCGGAAAUUGUUGUUCUGGAGCUGACGCAGAAUCAUCCUUUCUUUGUGAUUGCAAGUGAUGGUGUCUUUGAGUUUCUUUCCAGCCAAACUGUGGUGGACAUGGUUGCAAGAUAUAAGGACCCACGUGAUGCUUGUGCUGCAAUUGUUGCUGAAUCAUACCGUCUCUGGCUACAAUAUGAAACUCGUACUGAUGACAUUACUGUGAUAGUUGUGCAUCUAAAUGGGUUAAAUGAUGCUGCAUUUGGUCAGUCAGAAAAUUUUGAUGCAGUUUUAAGACCCCCUUUACCCCAAGUGAUUGAAGUAUCAGGAUCAGAGUCUCCAUCUAUUCCAAACUGGAGAUCUAGACAUAAUCGUGCAAGGAAUGAUUUAUCUCGUGCACGACUCCGUGCAAUUGAAAGUUCUCUUGAGAAUGGGCAAGCUUGGGUUCCUUCAUCUCCAGCCAAUAGAAAGACAUGGGAAGAAGAAGCUCAAAUUGAACGGGCCUUGCGCGAUCAUUUUCUUUUCAGAAAGCUUACUGAUUCUCAGUGUCAUGUUUUGUUGGACUGCAUGCAAAGAGUUGAGGUCCAAGCAGGAGACAUAGUAGUAAAACAGGGUGGAGAAGGUGACUGUUUUUAUGUUGUUGGGAACGGGGAGUUCGAGGUCUUGGCAACUCAGGAAGAAAAAGAUGGAGAAGUGCCCAGGGUACUACAACGAUAUACUGCUGAAAAGUUAUCUUCCUUUGGCGAGUUAGCACUGAUGUAUAACAAGCCACUCCAAGCUUCUGUUCGAGCUGUGACCAAUGGAACUCUCUGGGAACUUAAAAGAGAAGAUUUUAGAGGAAUUCUCAUGUCUGAGUUUUCUAAUUUAUCCUCAUUGAAGUUACUUCGAUCAGUUGAUCUUCUUUCAAGGUUGACAAUCUUACAACUGAGUCAUAUUGCAGAUUCGCUAUCAGAAGUGUCUUUCAUUGAUGGACAGAAAAUAAUUGAUAAGAAUGAGAACCUCCAGGGUUUGUACGUCAUACAGAAGGGAGUCGUAAAAAUUACCUGUGACUUAGAUUCUAUUAAAAAUGUUAAUGCAUCAAGUCUCAUGUCUGAAGUUGAGAAGCAGGAUGAUAAUAUGUCUAGCAAGAGCUUUUCAGUGGAAAAGACUAAGGGUGGCUAUUUUGGAGAAUGGACACUUCUUGGUGAGCGUAUCUCUUCCUUUAGUGCCAUUGCUGUGGGCGAUGUGAUCUGCUCCGUCCUAACAAAGGAGAAGCUUGAUUCAGUUGUAGGCCCUCUGGCAAAGCUUGCACAAGAUGACCAUAAGUCAAAGAACUGUCCUACCAGCUUACCCACAGAAUCUAUAGAAGAUUUUGAUGCUUCAACUAUUAAGAAGAUUCAGCUUACUGAUUUGGAGUGGAGAACUUGUUUGUAUUCCACUGACUGCAGUGAGAUUAUCCUUGUACGUCUUAUAGAUUCAGAAACUUUGCUUAGUCUAAAGAGAUUUUCAAAGCAGAAGGUUAAAAGACUUGGGAAAGAAUCAUUAGUACUGAAGGAGAAGAACCUGUUUAAGUCCAUAAGCCACUCUGCUUUUGUGCCACGAGUUAUAUGUACUUGUGCUGAUCAAUCAUAUGCUGGCUUACUUCUGGACACACGUAUUGCUUGCUCUAUGACAUCAGUAAUUCAUAGUGCACUGGAUGAAGCAUCUGCACAAUUUUGUGCUGCCUGCAUUGUUAUUGCCUUAGAAGGUUUGCACAAGAGUGGCAUUCUUUAUCGAGGUGUGUCCCCUGAUGUUCUAGUGUUUGAUCGGACAGGAUAUAUACAGCUAGUCGACUUCAGAUUUGGGAAGAAAUUAUCCGGUGAUUGUUCUGAGAGAACAUACACUAUAUGCGGUACAACUGAUUCAUUGGCUCCUGAAAUCAUCCAAGGAAAAGGCCAUGGCUUCCCUGCUGACUGGUGGGCUUUGGGAGCUUUGAUCUAUUUCAUGCUACAAGCUGAAAUGCCUUUCGGAUCUUGGAGAGAAAGUGAGCUCACUUUCGCUAGAAUAGUGAAAGGUCAGCUAACUCUCCCACAACAUUUUAGCAUUGAAGCUGUUGAUCUCAUUACCAAGUUGCUUGAAGUAGAUGAAAGUGCUAGACUUGGAAGCCAAGGCAUAGACUCCGUUAAAGCCCAUCCGUGGUUUGAUGGUAUUGAUUGGAAAGGAUUAGCAGAACGUGCGGUUCCUGUCCCUCAUGAUAUUAUCUCGCGCAUAAAAGUACACAUGGAUAGCCAUUCGGCGGAUAUAGUAACUUCAACACAUUCCCCAGUUCGGGAUAUUGAAGAACUUAACACCCCAGAAUGGCUUGAGGAUUGGUAG